AUGACUACUUAUUAUGUGAAACAGUUUUAUGAGAAACUAGUUGGGACUAAGCCUAGAGUGCACUGGGAUAAAGUGGUGUGGAAUAGACUGAACAUCCCCAAGCACAGAUUUAUUGGUUGGUUAGCCAUACAGUCAAGACUUCAGACCACUUCAAAGCUAGCCAGAAUUGGUGUUAGUCAGUCAGCUAAUUAUUUGAUCUGUAGCCAGGUUGAUGAAACCCAUCAGCAUUUGUUUUUUCAAUGCAUUUACAGUAAUGAGUGUCUCAGAGCAGUCAAAGAAUGGCUAGGUGUUUCAGUUGCCAGCAGCAGCUUGAUUCAUUUGGUUAGACAAGUUGGGCAUAGUAGAAUUUCCAAGUUCAGGAAACAGGUUUGUUAUGCAGCCAUUGUAGCAGCAGUGUAUCUGAUUUGGCAAUGUAGGAAUACUCGUUUCUGGGAGAGCUGUGUUCCUACUGUGAGUCACAUUGUGACUAAGUUGAAGCAAAUGGUGAGAGGUAGAAUUCAAACCGUUAUGCCUAAGAGUGUCAGUAGAAAGGAUAGUGAUUGGUUUAUGUCUUUGUAA